AUGUCCGACUCUCCAAACCCGGCACUGCUGGCUCCGCCUGCCAUUAUCGCGUUGAAAGAGGAGGCCGCCACGACAAAGGACUCUGAGUACAGAGGUACAAUGGAGAGAACCGUCAGCAUGGACAUCAGAGAGGAACGCGAUGAUCUCAAACGCGCUGCCGAACAGUCUCUCAACGCAAUCAUGGAUCUCAAUCUCGACGGAUCUAUUCGCUGGGCAAGUCCCUCAUGGAAGGACCUCAGCGGUGUCGAUCCAGAGUCGAUAGUUGGGAAGACCAUGUCCGAUAUUAUUGUCGACCACAAGAACAUUUUCACAGAUGCCAUGGCUCUCAUGCAAAACGACGACACAAAGAGCCGCAUCAUCCGCUUCGCUAUCAAAUACCAGCUACCUGUCGGAGAGAGUCCCGAACUCACCAUCGAAAGUCCCCAUGCCGAACCAGUAGCCUUCGACACUUGUCCGGAAGAUGAGGACCAUCACGAACACAUUGUGAACCUCGAAGCUCAAGGCAUCAUGGUCUAUGAGAGAGCCACUGGAGAUGAGAGUCAUACCAUGUGGAUGAUCAAACCUGCAGUUCACCGUGAGAUAACCAUAGACCUUCCUGACGUCCUUGUAGAGUCUUUGGGAAUUGGUGCUCAUGUUUUGGCGCAGUAUUUGACCCAUCUGGCCGAGAUCGGCAGCGAUGAUCCAGCUGAUCAUCCACCCCCGCCUCCAGUACUAUGCCGUAUUUGCGAGCGUCAGAUCACGCCUUGGUGGUUUGAGAAGCACACUGAGUUAUGCAUGCAGGAGCACAAGGCCGAAAUGGAUGUUCAGAUCGCCCAAGAAAACUUGACCGAGCACCGCGCUGCCAUCGUCAAGGUUUUGGAUGCUUUGGAAGCUCAAACGCACCAUUCUCGCCCCGGAGCACCCGACUCGGGCUCUCCCCUUCCAACACCGUUAUGCGAUUACAAAGGACUCCCUAUCGGACCCGCUUCUCAGCCUUCAUCUGGUCCUUCAUCCGGCCGUGCAUCUCCCGCCGGUCCUCAGAUCAAGGCACGAAGUACUUCCCGCUCAGGCUUGGGCCAAUCGAGAGCCAAAGCCUUCGCCGUCAGACGCCCUCUGGCUCGCAUAGUCGAACUCGUCCUUGAUCUUUGUGACACUGCUUUAGAGAUCAGUCAACCUGCCGUCAAAGAUAGCUCCCAAGACGGUGAGAUCAGGACUCAAUCUCCUCAGUCUGAGGGUAGGAUAUCACAAGUGUUGCAAUGGUCACCACCAAACACAAAUACUGUCGAUAACGAACAUGGUCUCGCGCUGCUCGCUGAAGACACUUCGGGCUUUUGCAAAGCAAAAGUAGACGCUAUAUUCCGUCAUCGACGCAUCCUGGAAUAUUCAGAACGUCUUCGCAUCGAGUUCCAUAUCCUGGUGCAAGAGUGUAUCGACGAGGCAGUUGCUAGAGCUGCACGUAUCGCUAGUGGAGAGAUCAGUGACUCAAGCGAAUCCUCCUCGGCCGACGUAGAGAACGAGGAAGAACAGGACAACGAAGAUCAUGACAAAUUCAGCCAAAUCGGGGAUGCCAUGUCCGACAUUGAUGGCCCAUCGUCCCGCUUGCCUGAAGGUAUGCAGGAGGACUUCUCGAUCAACCCUUACGGAUCACCUGUAGCGCUGUCGGCCAUGACCAUGGCGCUGCGCAAUAUUCCUGAAGCGUCCUCAUAUCGCAGGGCUUCAUCCAAUGCGGGUUCUUCGCGGUCAAACAGUCCUCAUGGUGCUAGGACGCCACGUUCUUAUGGAAGUGCCCUCAGUACUUUAAUCCACCAGAAGCGAGCGGCGAUGUUGGCACCAGAAAGCGAUGCAGGUGCGGAGAGUGAUAGUAGUGUCCGUUCUUCGUUGGCCUCAAUGCCAGUGCGAACUGACUCACCAGCUCCUGAGCUGGCUCUCAGCCGGGUCACUAGCAACCGUGAACACAAGCGAAGGAGUCUCGUGCUCCCCAGCUUGGCGAACACCAGUAGACAGCAAUCGCCAACCCGCAGCAUUGCUCCUUCUUCGCCUCUGCGAGUCGCAAAGCCUCGGAUCCCAAGUGGUGGAGAAUCUAUUCCCUCGCCUCUGACUUCCCCGCUACUGUCUCACGACCACCAUUUCGCAUCUCCCAUCCUAAGAGCUCAGUCACUCCAUCAUCACCAUCACCGACGCCAAUCUUCUGCGACCCAAUACUCUGAGUCGUACCGACCGCCGUCUUCUCCCAGGUUGAGUGCAGUGAACAGUAACCCGCAGCCUCGGGCGGUCCAAACCUCCAUCAAAGAUUUUGAAAUCAUCAAGCCUAUCAGCAAAGGUGCGUUCGGUAGUGUUUACCUCACCAAGAAAAAGGUCACUGGAGACUACUAUGCCAUCAAAGUUCUCAAGAAGGCCGACAUGGUCGCCAAGAACCAAGUCACCAACGUUAAGGCCGAGCGAGCAAUCAUGAUGUGGCAGGGUGAGAGUGAUUUUGUCGCAAAGCUCUACUGGACCUUUGCCAGCAAAGACUACCUAUAUCUUGUCAUGGAAUAUCUGAACGGAGGUGAUUGCGCCUCUCUAGUCAAAACACUAGGUGGACUGCCCGAAGACUGGGCAAAGAAAUACUUGGCCGAAGUUGUCUUAGGCGUACAACAUCUGCACGAUAGACAGAUUGUACACCGUGACUUGAAGCCAGACAAUCUCCUGAUUGACCAGAAAGGACACCUCAAGCUGACAGAUUUUGGUCUUUCGCGGAUGGGGCUUAUCGGGCGUCAAAAGAGAAUGCAAAACAACAAGCUGGGCGAUGCACCGGAUUUACUUAAGCUCGGAAAACGCGAAGCAUCUAUCGUUUCGUCACGCUCCACCUCCUUUGACUUCAAUGGCAGUCAAUCUCCAGUUCCUACGCCAGGACUGACACCCGCCUUAGCGGGAGAGCUUGGUCAGCCAUCAUACUUCAGCUUGACGAGAGGGGAAUCUCGCGAGCCUUCACGAAGAGCCUCUGGUCAGCGAAGCGAUAGCGGAGAAAGUGAUGCUCUGGCAAACAUGUUCCGUCGUUUCUCUAUCGUAGACACAGAGCCCUCUAAUUAUCAGAGACGAACACCGAUUGAAGAGGAAACAGCUAGCGAAGGCGAAUCACCAGAACCAUACGCUCUUCACCCUGUCAUGAGUCACAUGAGCGGUCUAGGCACACCGCCUGGCCAAUCUGGUAUGCUACCGCCACCAAUGGCAUUAUUCGAUCCCGACGACAGUUCUCGCAGAUUUGUCGGCACGCCUGACUAUCUCGCACCAGAAACAAUCAACGGAAGUGGUCAAGAUGAGAUGAGUGAUUGGUGGUCAUUGGGUUGUAUACUCUUUGAGUGCUUAUACGGCUACCCACCAUUUCAUGCAGAGACUCCCGAUCAGGUGUUCCAGAACAUCCUGGAUCGUAAAAUUGAUUGGCCUGACGAUGAGGAGUGUCCUGUGACCUCGGAAGCAAAAGAUCUCAUGAACAAACUGAUGUGUUCGGAUCCCAAGGAGAGACUAGGGUCCAAUACUGACGAAAACUUUGCGAACGGCGGAGAUGAGAUCAGAGCUCACCCAUGGUUCACUGAUGUAGAGUGGGACACUCUUCGAGAAGAGGAGGCGUCCUUCAUCCCUGCGCCAGCGAAUCCCGAGGAUACAGAAUAUUUCGACUCCAGAGGGGCCACGCUACAAAACUUCAGAGCCGAGUUCGAGGAUCAGGUUUCAUCACCCAACACACCUGGCGCCGAUUAUCCCGAAAGGCCCCAUGACGCCUUGUCCAGGGUUAGAAAUCAGGUCAAUUCGAUCAAGCGAGGACUCAUGCCCCUGCAUAUACCUGCACACGUCAGAGACGGCCGUAGCAGAAGACUAAGCGAGCCAGUUGCGACCGAUGAUUUUGGCAAUUUUCAAUUCAAGAAUCUUCCUGUGUUGGAGAAAGCAAAUAAAGAUGUCAUUCAGAAGCUUCGAGCUGAAGCAAUGCAAGCUCAGAAUAAAGUCGCUCAAGGCCUUGUUUCUCCGUCUCCGGUGAUAGUCUCGCCGUCUCCGUCGGUUGAGUCCAGUCCAGUUGGACCCGCGCCUCUGAAACGUACGCUAUCAUCAAACAAGGGAAACAAUAGACCCGUUUCACCUUCUCUCUUGAGCAAGACGAAUUCAUCACCAAGCAGAGGCUCCCAGCCAUCGUCACCAUUGCUAGUGUCAUUCAGCGCUGGAGGACAUCACGAACGUAGGAAAACGUCUACUUCUUCGUCACUCGCUCAGCAAAUCAGCGCGUUGCAGUUGAAUAGUAACCUGCUGGAUGCUCCUAAUCUCCCAGCUGGCUUCAAAUCUUUGUCCGCAGCUUCAUCUCCGAUCAAAAUACCAAAGAGUCUGAACGGCCAACAGGGCUACAUGCCAGAAAAGUCGUCCCUACCAAACGGCAGGCGCGGUAGCAUAUCGUCACCACGGCAGCGUUCUCACACCAUAGGAUCUCAAGAUGAUGAUACGCCACCUGGGCCGAUCUCUCAAUAUAAGCGAAGAAGCAUGGCCUUCGAUGCUUCACCAUCUUCAUCAGAUAACGAAGACCAACGCGCAAAGGCUCUGCUGAGAGUUCAACGCAGGAGGCAGAGCACUCGCAGACUCUCACAAAUUACCCUGGCCGAAGGGCCUGCGUUCAGACCACUGGAUGUAUUGAUAUGCGAAGACCACCCAGUGUCGCGCCUUGUCAUGGAACGACUCCUCGAGAAGCUUCGUUGUCGCACAAUAUCAGUGCAAGAUGGAUCUGAAGCAAUGCGUUAUGCUAUGAGUGAGGUCAAGUUCGACAUCAUCAUGAUGGAGUUCAAGUUGCCUCAAAUUAAUGGAGCAGACGUGGCUCGCAUGAUCCGCGAUACAAAGAAUGCCAACUCGCAUACUCCAAUCGUCGCGGUCACCGGAUACCUCAAAGAGCUGCAAGCGCCGCAUUACUUCGAUGCGUUGAUUGAGAAGCCUCCGGAUACGGCCAAAUUGACCGAGGUCAUGAGUCGACUCUGUCAGUGGAAACCUCCUCCUCCAGGAUGGACGCCUGCACAACUACCUAUGAUGCCGUCCUCGAGUCUCCGAAGAGAAUCUCCCUUAACAGAAGAGAGUCCAACAACUAGUUCGAUAUCUGGCUUUGGCAUGCUGACGAACAGCUUCCGAGGAUCGAGCAGGGAGGACUCAAUAGGAUCAAAUUCAAUACCUGAGACAGACAGUCAAUAUGACUCCAUUCCGGUGAUCAUAAGCAGACACACCAACGAUUGGCAAGAGUCAGAGCUUGAGCGUCAGUUCGGCGGGCUUGGCAUUAGCCCAGAGGAGGUGAUGCAUGCAAGAACGAAACCUCCGCCCGAAACCAAGAUGCCGGCGUUGACAGAACAUAUCUCCGCACCUGGACAACUCGAAAGUCCACGAGAAGUAUCACCACGCAAGCGAUCGUCAGAAUCAAUCGAAGCGAGGAAGAGGUCUUUCGAGGUUGGAAUGCACGAGUGUGCAGAGUCAGGAGACGAUGAAGACGAAGAGCUGGGCAACGCUCAGAUCCGAGCACGAUCGCCCAAGUCUAAGACACGAGGAGCAUCGAAGCUAGGAACAGAGAUGUUGCGCACGAAUAGUCAGGGAAGCGUGGUGUCGAACGAAGGAGAUAUGGCGACGCAUAAUCUCAAGGCGACCGCGUCGCUCACAGGCAACGAGGAAGCGGCGAUCGAAGAGGAGGGAGCAACCUUGACGCCGCCAGAGUUGUUCCUGCCGCGCAGAAUCAGAGUCGUGGAUACGGACAUGACGCCUCGACCGCAUUACAACAGCGACCCUGAUCCUGAUCCAACGCCACGAGCAUCCACAUCACCAACACGGAAGGAAUGA